AUGAAUAUACACGACUACCAUCACAAUCCUACUCUCCGUUAUGAUUAUUGUAAAAAAAUUAUGAAAAUUUCUUAGAUUGAUAAUCCUACAGACUUAAAGUAAAUACCUGGAUUAGAAGAAGAAGGCUUCAAGGAAGUAGGGGCUGUGAAUUUUAUUGUUACUGAUAAUUAGUAUAAAAUAUGUGUGCACAGAGAACCUGCUCAAGGCGAUGUCAAAGCUGUCUUAAUUUUAAUGCAUGGAUAUAAUGGACACAUGAAAAGAGCUUAGCAUAUAGCUAAACAGCUAGCCUAAGAAGGGAUUGAAGUUAUCGGUUAUGACUAGAGAGGAUUUGGAAAAAGUGAAGGACCCAAAGGUUAUAUAGAGUCAUUAGAGUAAAUGAUUGAUGAUUUUGAAGAGUUUUAUAAGUAAAUUAUUGUUGAGCAUUACCAAUAUAAACAAAGAGGACUACCUAUAUUUAUGGGAGGUCUUAGUCUAGGCGGAAUGCUUUCUUAUAGAGUAGGCUUAAAAUACCCAGAUAGAUUUAAAGGAAUUGUAAUGAUGGCUCCUGCCAUUUAACCAUUUCCCCUUUAGUAUAAAUUUAUUUAUUAUCUUGCAGUGACUCUAGGAAAAAUAAUGCCUAAAGGUAAUUUUAUUAGCACUGGUGCUUGGAACUCUAAUAAAUACAAUGAAGCUGAAAUAAAUAUUAAAAAAGACCCUCUUUAAUAUACCUAAAAGCCUCCCUUCUCAUCUCUCUCUUCAGUCAUUAAAGGCUUAUAUAAUACAAACGAAACAUUUGAAUAGUUUACUUGCCCUUUCCUUUGCAUUAUGGGUGACCUUGAAAAAAUAGUAGAUCCUUUCCUAGGUUUUGAUUUAGAACAUAAAUCCCCCUCUUAAGAUAAAACUGUAAAGUAUUAUUAACAAGUAUGGCAUAAUAUAUGGCAAGAACCUGAAAUAUAUGAUAUUAAUAAAGAUGUUAUCUAAUGGAUUUAGCAAAGAAUUAAUUGA